AAAGGGAACAAUUUGUCAAUGGAUUUUUAUAUUGAAAUUUCAUUAUGUUGGCUAUACUUCAGUACAAAGCAAAGCUGUCUGUCUGUCGCAGAAAUUACAGCAUUUUUCUUUUAAAUCAAUCUUCAUUUUCUUGUGCUAAAAUGUGAAAUAAACUAUACAUGAAAGUUUGAAUUAUGUAUGUGUUUAGUCCACGGUAUUUGUCUGUUGUAUUUAUUAAUUUUUACUUACUAUAACUGCUCUAAUUGGAUCUGUCAAAGUGUAGGAGUUUGUGGCGAACACAAUAAAUUAAUGCUCUAUCAUUCCAUCUGAUGUAGUAUUUUGUGUCGUUAUAGUCAUUCUCAACGCUUAAUUAACAUCCAGAUAGUUUCGUAACGCGCAUACGUUGUUAAAUAGUAGGGCGUGUGUGUACGACACACGACACAUCUGGUGAUUGUUCGGCACAACAUUUUAACGCAUUCUGGUAUUUCUAGUUUAUUUAAUCGUCCUGUCUAUCGCAGAUAGUUGUAAAUACAUAUUAAUUAUGGACUUAAUCUAACUCUCAUUCGAUUUGUGUUAGUAAGUAAAUAUUUUUAACAUAUUAACAUUGUAUUUACAUACUUUUAGCCUUCCAUAAAAAUAAUUUGAGAUAUUUUGAAUGAAUAGUGUUGUGAUGAGUGUUCCAAGUUAUUUUAAUCAUUGCUUCCACUAUAUUUUUGAGUGAUAAAGCUGUAAAAUGGCAAAGAAGUCGGAGAACACUGGUGGGAAGCUGAUCACAGUAUCUGUAGUAGGACUUUCUGGCACGGAGAAAGAAAAAGGGCAGCUGGGAGUGGGCAAGUCGUGCCUGUGCAACAGAUUCGUUCGCACCCACGCCGACGAUUACAACGUCGACCACAUUUCCGUGCUUAGUCAGUCCGACUUCAGCGGUCGCGUAGUCAACAACGACCACUUUUUGUACUGGGGGAGCGUCCAAAAAGACAAUGAAGAACAAGAGUUUAGAUUCGAGAUCGUCGAGCAAACGGAGUUUGUUGACGACGCCUGUUUUCAGCCCUUUAAAGUCGGCAAAACGGAGGCGUAUAUCAAACGAUGCGUGGCCACGAAGCUGCAGUCAGCAGAAAAACUCAUGUACGUCUGCAAGAACCAGCUCGGCAUUGAGAAGGAAUACGAGCAGCGGACUAUACCGGACGGAAAGCUGUCAGUAGACGGGUUUCUGUGCGUGUAUGAUGUGAGUCUCGUGCCAGGUCGGAGCUGGGAGAAGCAGAACGAAACCCUUACUGCGAUUCUUCAAAACAUAAUCAAACUGAAGAAACCAGUGGUCUUGGUCACCUCAAAGAACGACGAGGCCUGCGAGCAAGGAGUCCGCGAGGCCGAAAGACUGGUUCAACGGAAGGAGUUCAAAGGAUGCAUACCCAUAGUCGAGACCUCAAGUCACGACAAUGUCAAUGUGGAUCAUGCUUUCUUCCUGCUGGCUCAAAUGGUUGAUAAAUGCAAAGCGAGAAUUAAGGUGGCCAACUAUGCCGAAGCCCUGCGAAUAAGGAGGGAGACCUUGGACUUCGUGACGGAGGCUUUCACGCAACUCAUCAGGAUACACGUCCAGGACCACAAAGAGAUGUGGUCCGCAGUCAGUAAGAGACUAUGUCAUCAUCCAGAGUGGGUGAAAUUCGUGCAGCAAUUUGGAAACGAUGGCACCCAGGUGGUAUUCCGACGCCACGUCCGAAGGCUGAAGGAAGAGAAAUCAGCCAAGAAACUUCGUAAACAGCUGGCCAAGCUUCCCCAAGUGUUGGCGCGAAUGCAACUGCCAACUGAAGAGCUCAACGAGAAUGACUGGCCAAUGGUGGUCCGGCAGCUACGGUCCCACCGAGAUUUCUCCGUAUACUUCAGCGGAGCCCGAUGCACAGAGUCGGGCUCCGAGUCGGGCUCCGAUGACCUCCAGCAUCAAGAUACUCUGCCAGUAGGCGAGCGAGCGAACAGAUAUCAGACUUUGGGACAGUCUCAGAAGAUUCCAUACGAGAUUCUUGAGACGAACGAGGCAGCUUCCGUCUUCAAGACUUUCCUACAUGAGGCUCAAGAGGAACAGAGGAAUUAUGAAUGGUGCCAACAAUUCAAACGGCUUCUCGAAGAAACUGGCUACGUGACUCCCGGCAAGCAGCUCUCCGAAGUGCGAGUCCUGCUAAUGGGCAGAGAGUGCUAUGAGGCUUUAUCGGAGGAGCAACAACAGCGGGUGUACGACCAGCAUCAGAGGCAUAUACAGCAGCGGGCUAAACAUAACUUGCAGGAGUUACUGUUAGAGCAUGCUGAUCUGUUCUAUCACUUCAAAAGCAUCUCGCCGACCGGCACCAUCACUCAAGAGGACAUCAAGGAAAUUACAGAUGUCUUGCAAGACGAUUUCAGAUAUAAAAUGCUGGACCGCAUGGAGCAAGACCGCAAGCUGAUGUUGUUUCAACAUCUUGGGUUCGUCCAUUGUCCUAUGCGUGAGCAUUGUCCGGCCGGACCCAAUUGCCUGGAUGCCACAUUACCUGUCAUACUCAAUACCAGAGUCGGUUCGCUAACGUCGACCGGCGAGUCGCAGUGCCACGCGGGCCCGCCCGCGGCGCCCUGGGCGCUCACGACUGACUCCAACCAGAUCAACGUUAUCAUACUGGGCGUGGAGGGUGUUGCGGGAGAGUUUGGCAAACGUCUGCUGGCUGGUUGUGACUCAGAUAAAAGGGUGUCCGUACAAAAUCAGUUAUGGCGCGUCGAGCAGCGAGUCAGGACUGACGACUUUAGCGCUGAAACUACAAAUAUCGAUGAUUUUACACCUAAUGGUUACUUCUGCGUGUAUCAAGAUCAGGAGUCGUUCGAGUACAUUCGCGGCUGCGCCGAGAAAACACUACUUUCCAGCCUAGAGCAGGAAGACAAACUACCUUUCCAAGGUUUACCGCUUGUAGUAAUGUUCGUUCAAGACGAAGGCAUGGAUAAAAAGGAGAUUAUGAGGCUACAGGAAGAGGGGCAGAAUCUUGCUGAUAACCUCCACUGCUCAUACAUGGAGGCUGCCGUGAACGAGUUAGGCACCGAAGCCCUAACGUCAGACGCGAUCCAAGAACUAGUACGUGCCAACAGGGAGAAAGCGAGCUACGCCCAUCUCUACAGAGACCUUAUUGUAUGCUUCGACUCUGAUAUACGGAUAAUGGUUUGCAUGUUCUGUGAUGACCCGUAUUCGCCUGAGCGUGUACUCAGCCCGUUACUACUGCAUCGGGCUUGCUUCCUGACCGGAGACCGUUCCAUAGUCAUAGAAACCUUCUUGGGAGACUCUAAGAGAAAAGUCGAGGUUAUAAUUUCGAGUUUUCACGGAGCGACGCAGUUUAGAGAGGAGUUGAUACAUGGAUUUAUACUGAUAUAUUCAGCCAAGAGAAAAGCCAGCUUAGCAACAUUGAAUGCCUUUUCAAUGAACAUACCCAACCUGCCAAUACAAAUGGUAGCAGUGACGGACGGUGGAGGUUCCGCGGCCAACGCGUUCUUCGGUACCGAUUUAGGACACGCUCUCAUAACUGAAGGCAACGCUACUGCGGAUCGACUCGCAGCUCACUUCACUACGUAUACUAGUAGUGCUGAAAAUAAAUCUGCGUUCUACACGCCGUUCUUCAAAGAAGUGUGGGAGAAGAAGGGCGAGAUCGAACGCGCAUUCCGCAUGGAACAGCCUCAUAACCUGCCCGAUGUCGCCACAGCCCGCCCAGCAACGAUGGAUCAUAAGCUGACCAACUCUCUGGACCUCCUGAUCGGACCGGACUCACGGGCCGACAUCGACUCUGAAUACAGCGACACACUCAACAACUCCAAGAAUAGAGGCUUCUUAAAAGGAUUCAGCGUAUACCCGCCGCCGAGCACGCCACCAGAGCCUGCGCCGCCAGACCACAGAAUACAUGCCGAUCUAUCCCCCGAUCUCAACUGUUCCGAGGAUUCGCUGAGCACACACGAGUCAGAUGGCGGUGGAGUGUGGCAGCCAGCUAGCUACGGGCACCGCGCCUUCACCACGGGCCGCGCGCGGCCGCACCCGCCGCCGCCGCGGCAGCGACACUCGCAGACGCUCAAGCAACCCGGUAAACUUGACAUGAACAACUACUCUAUGGUCAGCGACGCCCUACAGCAAAUCACCAUAGGGCCGCCGCAUCCCAGAGAGAGGAAGUCGCAGCGGUCAGGGUGGUCACACUCGGGCGGUCAGCCUGGCGGUCACCACCACCACCCAUCGGGCGUGAGCUCGGAAACGGAAUUGGACGCACAAUACGCACAGAUAAAAGAAACCAAUGAGUACAUGGAGGCGCCAUCUAUGAUGAGACUAAGAAGACAUCGGAGGCACGACAAAACACCUAUGCAUCAGCCUUCAUUCUCAGAAACCGACAGCUCUGGGUCCAGCGAAGCCUCGGGCGGCGUGGCGCGCGCGCACGCGCGUCGACGCACGCAACACCACGCACCUAGGCACUACAAGAAACGGUCCCUAGGCAACCUGGUGGCUGUACAGAGCCCUAGGGUGCCUAAACUGGGCAUGUUUGUGGGGCCACCGGAGUUGCCUACGAGUUAUAGGGCGAGAGCACAGGAGGAUAAAGCGGCGAGCGAGUCGAGUUCGGGCAGCUCGGACGGGGAGUCGCGGCGCCGCGAGCCGCGCCCCCUCCCGCCCCCGCCGCACCCGCCGCACCCCCCGCCGCACCUAGAGCCCCAGCUCAAGAUGCUGGCGGGCGAGUACCCGUCCCCGGCGCCGGACAACUCGUCGUCUAGCGCGCCCGACACCAGGAGGCGGCACCAUCCCUUCAGCAAGCAUGAUCGCAGGCAUAAGGAACUCUCGAAAAGCAAAGACUCCAAAAAGAACUCAUCACAAAUGGCGAGUACCGCAUCAGCGGCUAACUGGGGACCUCAGGGAGCGCACGGGGUUCCGCUUUUCGUGGAGAAGUGCGUGCAGUUCAUCGAGAGGGAAGGGCUCGCGUCCGAAGGCCUGUACCGGGUGCCUGGCAACCGGGCGCAUGUCGACAUGCUCUUCAACAAGUUCAACGAAGAUCCCAACGUGGACCUGGAUUCUCUAGACAUCCCGGUGAAUGCCGUAGCGACUGCGUUAAAGGACUUUUUUUCCAAGAAGUUACCGCCGCUAUUAGACGAGGCUAGCAUGGAGCAGUUAGAAGAUAUAGCGGCAAUGCGCGGCUGCAUCGCGGGUGGAGUGGAGCUGAAAGACCGCAGCUGGAGACUUCUAGCGCUGCGCUCGCUGCUCAACAACAGCCUCACGUGCGUCGCGCGCGCCACCCUCGACUAUGUACUCGACCACUUCGCCAGGGUGGCGGACAACUCCAAGCUAAACUCCAUGGACAGCAAGAACCUCGCCAUCUGCUGGUGGCCCACGCUGCUCCCGGUCCAGUUCUCGGAUAUGGGCCGCUUCGAGAUGACGCGGCCCUACCUCGAGGACAUCGUGCAGACCAUGAUCGACCAGCACCCGUUCCUGUUUCGUGGGCAAGAGGCCUUCGUCAUGGUGUGAGACACGCCUGAACCCACAAUGCAGGUUGCAUUCGUGUUGGAAGGCGUGUGACGCGGUUGUACGGACGUGUCUACGUUCCCAGUGAGUUAUAUACGUUAGCGUAAGUUCCGCUAUUUAUGUACGCAAUAUUAGCCUUUAUCCGUUACGACUUAAGGUAUA